AUGGCUGAUGGUGAGGACAUCCAGCCUCUUAUCUGCGACAAUGGCACCGGAAUGGUCAAGAUGACCAAGCUGGCCAUCAUACCCUUCACCAUAGUCUUGGAAACCAUCUUUCUGAACAAGAAGUUCAGUCAGACCAUCAAGGCCUCCCUCAUGGUCCUGCUCCUGGGAGUCGGCAUCGCAUCGGUCACGGAUCUCCAGCUCAAUCUCCUCCGCUCCAUCAUGGCCAUGCUCACCAUCGCUGCGACAUGCGUCGGGCAGAUUCUGACCAACCAAAUCCAGAGGAGGCUGAAGGUUUCCUCGACGCAGCUGCUGUACCAGUCGUCGCCGUACCAGUCUGCGGUGCUGCUCGUCACUGGGCCGUUCGUGGACAAGCUCCUCACCAAGCGUGACGUGUUCGCGUUCAGCUACACCACCCAAGUCGUAGCGUUCAUCCUGCUGUCGUGCUCGAUCGCGGUGUGCGUCAACUUCAGCACUUUCCUGGUGAUCGGCACGACGUCGCCCGUGACGUACCAGGUGCUGGGCCACGUCAAGACGUGCCUGGUGCUCUCCUUCGGUUACAUCAUCCUCAAGGACCCCUUCAGCGCCCGCAACGUGGUGGGCAUCCUCAUCGCCAUCUUCGGCAUGGGCCUCUACUCCUACUACUCCGUCGUCGAAAGCAGGAAGAAGACCGAGGCCGCCAGCUCGCUGCCUGUCGCCGCACAGGUAAUUCUUAACUAA